GCAUUAACGAACUUCAGAGUCCGUUUGAUAUUUUUCUAACUUUUACUAUUUUACGUAUUCCCGCAAUAAAUAAAGCCAGCAAAGGCAGAUGUGUGUGUCUAUAUAUACAUGAACUGCUGAUUCGAUUUGAACACCCCAUUUCUACGAUUCAAUAACUUCAGCUGCCAUGACAGAGCCAGAGUCUUCUCGCAGUAGACCGGUAGGGGCCUAUGAUGUCUUCUUGAGUUUUAGAGGAGAAGAUACUCGCAAGACAUUUACAGAUCAUCUAUAUACUGCCUUAGUCCAAGCAGGAAUCCACACUUUUCGAGAUGAUGAUGAACUUCCUAGAGGAGAAGAAAUCUCCGAUCAUCUCCUCAGGGCUAUUCAAGAAUCAAAGAUAUCCAUAGUUGUCUUCUCAAAAGGAUAUGCUUCUUCUAGAUGGUGUCUCAAUGAACUUGUAGAGAUUCUGAAGUGCAAAAAUAGGAAAACCGGUCAGAUUGUUCUUCCUAUAUUCUAUGACAUUGAUCCUUCAGAUGUGAGAAAACAGACUGGCAGUUUUGCAGAGCCAUUUGAUAAGCAUGAAGAGCGUUUUGAAGAGAAGUUGGUGAAGGAGUGGAGAAAAGCUCUCGAGGAGGCUGGAAAGCUAUCUGGAUGGAAUCUCAAUGAUAUGGCAAAUGGGCAUGAAGCAAAAUUUAUUAAAGAGAUUAUCAAGGAUGUGUUGAAUAAAUUAGAUCCCAAGUACUUAUAUGUUCCUGAGGACCUCAUAGGUAUGCAUCGGCUUGCUCGCAAUAUUUUUGACUUUCUAAGUACUGCAACAGAUGAUGUACGCAUUGUGGGCAUACAUGGGAUGCCAGGAAUAGGAAAGACGACUAUAGCACAAGUUGUAUUUAAUCAACUCUGCAAUGGAUUCGAGGGAAGCUGCUUUCUUUCGAAUAUCAAUGAAGCAUCAAAACAAUUCAAUGGUCUGGCUCUUUUACAAGAGCAACUUCUUUAUGAUAUUUUAAAACAAGAUGUUGCAAACAUCAAUUGUGUCGAUAGAGGAAAGGUUCUGAUCAAAGAACGACUUUGUCGCAAAAGAGUUCUUGUUGUUGCUGAUGAUGUGGCUCAUCAGGACCAGCUAAAUGCUUUGAUGGGAGAGCGAAGUUGGUUUGGUCCCGGAAGUAGAGUAAUUAUUACAACAAGAGAUUCAAAUCUUCUUCGUGAAGCAGAUCAAACAAAUCGGAUCGAAGAAUUGGAACCAGAUGAGGCCCUUCAGCUUUUCAGCUGGCAUGCCUUUAAGGACACCAAGCCAGCAAAAGAUUAUAUUGAGCUUUCAAAGAAAGCAGUUGAUUACUGUGGAGGACUUCCUUUAGCUCUUAACGUUAUAGGAGCUCUUCUGUACAGGAAAAACAGAGUUACAUGGGAAAGUGAAAUUGACAACUUGAGCAGAAUUCCAAACCAAGAUAUUCAAGGAAAGCUUCUAACAAGUUAUCACGCACUUGAUGGUGAACUACAAAGAGCAUUCCUUGAUAUUGCAUGCUUCUUUAUUGGUAGAGAGAAAGAAUACGUCGCAAAACAGCUAGGAGACCGUUGCGGUUACAAUCCAGAAGUUGUUUUGGAAACUCUCCAUGAAAGGUCUAUGAUUAAAGUAUUGGGAGAGACGGUAACCAUGCAUGAUCUAUUACGAGACAUGGGAAGGGAGGUCGUUCGUGAAUCGUCUCCAAAAGAACCUGGAUAGAGGACCAGAAAUUGGAAUCAAGAGGAUGCAUGGAAUGUGCUUGAGCAGCUGAAGGUAAAAAAAAAAUAGUCAUGGAACACUUGACUGAUCAAAGAAAAAAAAUUAUUUAUUUUCUCUUAUUGAGCUCCAUAGUUUAAACUUUCUCUUUACACAUAAUUUUUAGUUUGGUAUAUAUAUUCUACUGUUUUUUAUAAUCUUUAUAUUUAUAUUUUUAAAUAUAAGUACACAUAGCAUCAUUUGAAUCUUUUGAUUGAAAGUAAAAGCUUUAUCUCGUAAAAUCAUCUCUAGAAGGUUUUAUUUGGUCAAUCUUCAAAAACUUAGGGAUUAAAAAAAAAAAACUUCUUACUUGAUUCAAUUUGGAAACCUCAAGGAGAAAAUUGAAACAAGUAUAACCUCACGGGGAGAAGUUGAAUUCUCCCCAAACUCAGGGGUUAAUUAAAAUUAACCUUUAAAUUUCUAUCCAUGCCCAGUUGCCCACGAAAGAGAAGAGGUACAUCCACGUGAAGCUCAUUUUGGGUUUGGGUUAGUUGAAAAUAUCUAGUGGGUGGGCCUUUUUUUUCUUCUGUUUUUCUGUUUUUUUUUUGUUUUUAUGCACAGAAUACAUGAAAUAAUAAAUUUAAAUCCAACAAAUCCAAUAGAGAUAUAAUAUUGUAUACGAUCAACAUGAAAGAAUUUUACGAAAAGAGAUGAAAAUAUCAUAUAUUAUGAGUCUCUGCCAGUCAUAAUUGUAUUGUUUUGUGUA